AUGGAUAAUUUCUAAAUGAUAACAAAUAGACUUAGACAUUACGAUUAAUGUGCAUUUUCAUAUAGUUUUCUUUUGAUAUAGCCAUUAGGAUAAAUUUAAAGAUUUUUAAGAAUUGUUAUUACCUUUCAAAAUUAAACCAAAUUCUUUGAUUAAAAUACUAUUACUGAAAAAUAGUUCAAAUAUUCCAAAAUAGAAUAUUCAAUUCUAUUGAUCAACUGGUGAUUCCGGACUAAGUUCCAGUUUCACUGUUGAUUCGACAAAGUUAUAAUCAAUACCAUAAGCACGACCAAUAGUGCUAAAUUUUGCAAGAAUUUGACUCUUAUUGUAAACUUUGAUCUACGUUUUAAAGUGAAGUAAGAAUAAUAGAAAUUUGGGAAAAUUAAGCAUUCUGAAUUACAAAAUAGUUUGCAAGAAUUAUGGAAAUUAGGAGUAAGAAGAAAAUAAUUACGAUUUGUUGCUCUAUUUCUAAGAAUUUAUUGUAACAAAAACAAUAAGAAAUCAUCUAAUUAUACAAUACUUAAAAGUAAAAUUAAAAAAGAUCAAGAGGAAAUAUAAAAGGAACCAAAACAAUAAAAUGAUGAUUUCAAGUUGAAAAAUGCUAACUUAAUGGAAGUGAUUAAAUAUAAAGAACCAUAUAUUCAAAAUUUAAAAUGCUUUACUUUUUCUGAAAUUUAUAAAACCAUUUUGAGUUAUCACAAAACGCAAGACUAUAUAUAACAAAGAUCUAUUUCAUUAUGUUUAGGUGAUUAAGGUAUCCCUAAUCAAGGCAUUGUAAGAUUUUGUUAAUAAACUCAUGAUGUUAUUUCUAGUUAGACUAUGGUUGUUAAAAGAGCAAGAGAGAUAAUUUUAAGGUCUGGGUACUCUAGUAAAGAAUAAAGAAUAACUAUAUAAUUUUUAACGCUUAUCUUAUAAUGA